AUGUCCAAGGUCGACUUCGAGUUCUACCCCCACAUCGUCGACCUCAUCUGGGAACACAUCACAGAUCCCUAUACCGCUGGCCAAGUAUGCACCUCAUGGCGGAAGCGGGCCCUCAAGCUUAUCUACCAUCACCUCUCCGCCGACAUGCACAACGGACGUUGGCGUCUGUGGAUGAAGACCGACGAUGAAGACAUUCAUUGCAAGUACCUCCUGGCUGGUGCCGAUACCGCCCCAACACUAGACAGCGACGCGGCGGCCCGGCAUACAGAGAUCCUGGACGUGCUAUGGCCGAGGACAUGGUCAGGCGGGAGCACGACCGCGAAGCUCGCUGAGAAGUUCCCCAGACUGCACACAAUGCGGGUACACACCAAGGAAUACGGUGACUUGAAGGGCAUAGGAGAGACGCAGGUGUACUCGUGGUUUUCGCGCGAGACCUCAAGAGUCACGAUCAGGGCUCACGAGGCGCAGACGCUCGUCGUGCUCAUAGCCGUUGAGAGGGCGCCGCUAUCCGACGGUCUAUUCGAUAUCGAGAUGCGCCUCUCCCGCCAGCUCCUGCAGGCGUGCUAUGAUGCGAAAGAUCUCGUCGUCGUGUUCAACCCUCACCCGGUGGCCGGGGCGCCCAGGAUCAGUAGCGCGCCUCUGGCACGAGACGUCGCAGAGUAUCUUGGGGUGACCUGCAACUCCUUCAACAUCACAGUCGUUGGUGCCGAGAGCUUGCUGCGAGACGAAGUGGGAGGAGCUUACGAGAACUUCAAAUCUGCUGUCCUGCGCAAGUUGGCGGCCAGGAACUCGGGACAUGGAGUUCGCUUCGUGACCCAUGAAGAGUACAAGGCUGUCGUCGGACGAGAGACGUACAAGUUGCAUUGUGUCCCAGACGUUCGAUGGAGGUAG